AUGGAGUCGGGCGUCGCGGACGCCGCCGCCUGCGCCGCCAGGUGCGACGCCGUGGCCCGCUGCGACGCGUUCACGCUCGCGGGCGGCACGUGCUACCUGAAAUUCUGCGCCGCGAGCCCCGUCGCGCCGGGCGCGACGCCGCCGCGGCGGUCGCCGGGCGCGACGUCCGGCGCGCGGCGCAACGCGACGGCCUGCGCGCGCGCGCGCGGCGUCGCGCCGGGGGGCCUCGCGUCGGGGCCCGGCGCGGACGCGUGGCGCCGGGCGCACGGCCGCGACACCUACGAGACCCACGCGCGCCGCUGGGACCACGGCGCCACCUACGGGCCCAUCGUGACGAUCCGCGGCGAGCGCCACAGCGGCACGAACUGGCUCCGCGCUGUGCCGGAAACAACCAGUGGAACGCCCCGUCCAGCAAAAACUUUAAACCUCUCGAGCUUCGACAGUGAAAAAAGUACGGCGAAACCGCUCCGCGUCAUGGUCGACAAGAACUGCGACGUGCCGCACCACCUCAGCGAGAGGCUCGACAGCGACGGCGCGUACGGCUGGAAGCACGACUUCGUGCCCGACGGCUUCGACGGCCGGAGCCGGGACGCGCUCGUCGUCGUCUUCCGCUCCGCGGCGACGUGGGCGCCCAAAAUGAAGGCGAUCGCCUACAACCAGGACCUCGACGGCCGCGCGAAGCGCCUGACCCUGGCCCAGUACGUCGCCGCGGCCUUCGCCGAGCGCGGGCGCACCUACGCGGGCGUGCUGGCCAUGCGCGACGCCAAGUACAAGCAGUACCGCGACGUGCUCCGGCGGUGCCCGAACGCGAUCGGCUGUGUGGAAUUCAACCGCUGGUUUGGGUGGUCCUGA